UUCAGGAUAAACUGCAGAUAGUCACUACACCGUAACCUGCUGUGACAUUUGGGUGCCAAAGUUAAAGUCAGCGGCAUGAACACCCAUAUUCUCUUCAUCAUUUCUCUUCUUUCCAAACAAGUGGCCGCUAUAGACUGUUCCCAGUGCAUGUUCCCGGACGAUCAGGACCCUGAUGACGUCACAUGUAUCACCGACCCUCCAUCGGCCACCGCCUGCCCGGCCAACACCACGCGGUGUGAGGCCGCCGUCAGCGCCACCAUGAGGGGUGACGCCCUUCCCAUCGUUCUGAGUUUCCAGCGCAGGUGCAGUGACGUCCAGGGUAACCAGGGGUGUGCACAGGCGCAGGAUACACAGGAGUGCCAGACGACUUGCGGCACGGACGGCUGCCUGCCAGACGACCCUACUGUCGCCAUCAGAGAUGACACCUGCAGCGGCACGGCUCAGGGCGGGGGUGGAGGUGGCAACCAGAACAGCCCGGCAGCCGGGAACGGCACGCAAACAGGAAGUAACGGCGGUGUCAUUCCAGGAAGCAGCAUGAUCACCAUGGCUACCAUCACCAUGGUUAUUGUGGGGUCAACAUCGACAACUUAAACGCCUUCUAUUUAUCACUGGCGUUGCUCCAUCUGUAGCAAAUGGACCUUGUCUUGUAUCAAUGCAAAUGUAGGAAGUAGGGGUUAUGCAGAUUCUUGCAAAGGGAUGGAGAAAUGCUUUGGCAGUAGAUUCA